AAUGUAUUACCACAAGCAAACAAGGUAAGACAGUAAAAGGUCAUCAGACCAAGGCGUCAUGUACACCUAUGGCUGGGGUAACCAUAGCGACGGGCAGCUUGGUCUGGGUGGAAUAGAAGAUGUACAGAUACUCGUACCCAAAAGCGUCGCGUGCCUGCGAGGCAAGAAGGUGCGUGAGGCGGCGUGCGGGCUCGCGCACACGCUGCUGCUGCUGCGCGGUGGCGCCCUCUACAGCUGCGGCUGCAACGACUUCGGACAGCUCGGACACGAGCGGCCGAGACGCAAGCCUGCACUGCAUUCGCUCGCUCUCGGAGACGGCAGCGAGUCAACGCAGGAUCGUCUGGCCUCUGUUCACCGUGGGGCAAGACGCGAAGGUCAGCUUGGUCACGGUUUGCCGGCGCGACGGGCGACCGCUGCGCGCCGCGACCGUGGCCCACCUGGCUGGGAGUUUAUCAUCGUGCAGGUCGCGUGCGGACACAGACACUCGGUGGCGCUGAGCCGAGAUGGCGUGCUGUACUCGUGGGGCGCCAACCAGCACGGCGAGCUCGGACACGGCACGCAGUCGCCACAGGAGGGCGCUGACGUCGUGCGCGGACUCGCGGCAGUGCCGGUGCACGGCGUCGCUGCCGGUGGAGCACACAGUAUGCUGGUCACGGUGGGAGGGUCCGUGUAUGGCUGGGGAAGCAACAGGUUCGGACAGCUGGGGCUGGGGGACGAGGCGCCGCGUGGCGUGCCGACGGUCUUACGAUCGCUCAAGUUUCAGAAGGUGCGACACGUCGCGUGCGGUGAGGACCACACAGUCGCGCUGACGACGGAGGGCGGUGUGUUCACAUUCGGCGCAGGCAUGUACGGACAGCUAGGACACAACUCCAAGAACAGCGAGCGACUGCCGAGGAAAGUGUUCGAGCUGAUGGGCAGCGAAGUGUGCCAGAUUGCCUGCGGAAG